AUGGCUGCUCUCUCAGCCUGGUUCUGGAACGAGAGGUUCUGGCUACCGCACAACGUAACCUGGGCGGAUCUGGCGGACCCUGCUCCCGGGGUGGAGUAUCCCAAAGCUGGACACUUGUUGGCUGCUUUACCGCUGGCUCUCGGGAUUUUUAUUGUCAGGAUAAUCUUCGAAAGAUUUAUCGCCAGUGUCUGCGCCCGAGGUCUCCACAUUCAGCCAGGUGCUGGAAGGAGAGCUCAGCCCAACGCGGUGCUGGAGAAGGUGUUCACCUCCAUCACAAAGAAUCCAGACUCGCGGCAUCUGGAUGGCCUGUCCAAGCAGCUGGACUGGGAGGUGCGAAAAGUCCAGCGUUGGUUCAGGCACCGCAGGAAUCAGGAUAAACCCAGCACACACACUAAGUUCUGCGAGAGCAUGUGGAGGUUUUCAUUUUAUUUGGGGAUAUUUAUUUAUGGGUUCCAGUUUCUGUGGCAGUGUCCGUGGAUGUGGGAUACGCGGCAUUGUUGGUACAAUUACCCCUAUCAGGUCAUGACUCCAGGUCUUUAUCACUACUACGUGACUGAGCUGGCCUUCUACUGGUCACUUAUGUUUUCCCAGUUCACGGACAUAAAACGGAAGGACUUCCUCAUCAUGUUCAUCCAUCACCUAGCAACAGUGAGCCUCAUUAGCUUUUCCUACGCCAACAACAUGGCUCGCGUGGGGAGCCUGGUGCUGUGUGUCCAUGAUGCCUCUGACUUCCUGCUGGAGGCAGCCAAGAUGGCAAACUACUCCAAAUACCAGCGGUUGUGUGACUCCCUCUUCAUUGUGUUCAGUGUGGUGUUCUUUAUCACACGGCUUAUUAUAUUUCCAGUAUGGGUCCUGAACUCUACUAUGUUUGAGAGCUGGGCCAUCAUUGGACCCUACCCGUCCUGGUGGGUCUUCAAUGUCUUGCUGCUUCUCCUCCAAGUGAUGCACAUCUUCUGGGCUUACCUCAUAUUCCGCAUAGCUUUCAAAGCUAUUAUGCGAGGAAAGGUGUGUAAUGAUGUCCGUAGCGACAUUGAGAGCAGCUCUGAAGAAGAAUCUCACAGCCCAACUGAAGGCCUGAAGGCCUCCACUCACACCCCGAAGGGAGAAAACGGCACCAACGGCCAUUGUGCUGCGGCCAGAGCCCGAACUCAGAACCACAGUAGCUGGUGACGAGGAACCCACAGCGCCCCCUGCAGCCUCCAAAGAGCUAUGUCUGCCUGACCUGCGAGGCUCUCUCCCACUUUAUAUUAACACUGACAGCGCACAGAUUUGAGAAUCGGUGGAUGGAUGUGCAGACACUGACAGCGUUGUGCGGAAAUCGAAUCAUGUGAUUUGCGUAGCCUUAUUUUUCCAGGCAGUGGGUUUAAUGAGUUUGACUGCAGAGAUUGGUUAGUUUCAACGUUCUCUCCCAGUUUUAUUGGUCAGAGGAACUUAGUUAUUUUUAUCCUGAAGGGUUUAUUCACAACAGUUUGCACAGAGCCACCAUUCCACAGCAGGUAUCACUCAAAUAAAGAUGAACAUUUGUGACAGCUGAGCUUUUGUCAGCUCUGAAAAACAGAAAACCUGUUGAAUGAGUAGCAGGAAGUUGGCAGUUCUGCAAAAUGAUGUGAACUUACUUUUCAACAAUGUCUGGCUACUUUGUAACUGUUUUAACUACUUCUUCCAAGACCAAUCGUGUAUGAGAUUUUCACAGCCAGGUGUGUGAAUCUUGAAAAGGAUGACUUGAGUGCUUUGUAGAAAUGUAUUUCCAAAUAUAUUCUGUUGUUUGA